AUGCAUGCAGAUCCCACCACAAUUCUCGUCAGUUUCCUGCCAUUCUUCCUCUUUUUCUCCGCUUCCAAUGCAAAACGUCUCCCUCAAAUCUACUGGAAUUCAACAAAUCCACUGUAAGUCUCUUGCUCUCUUUAUCCGUUCUCAUCAAAAAAGCCGCCGUCAUGUCCACUCCACACAUAUUUACCUCUUUCUCUCUGUGCUCGGGAGCUCCUGUGGGGACCAUAAAGAGGAAGCCGUCGCAUGGUAAGCCGAAACCAAACGAUGUUACUAAUUAUGGCCGGACACUGAACAAAUAUUGGGGAGUCUCCAGUAGAUAGACUGGUCGGCACAUAGAGAGUAUCAAGAAAUAAUCUGGGGGACAGAUGGGCCAACCGGGGCCAGAGGAACACUUUUUGGGAUUAGGAGACCUUGAGAGAAAGAAACCUUUCCCUGCCUCGCCGUGUUUCUUUAAUAACAUUUUACAAUCGGAUAUGAACCAUACCUUUUUAUGGCUUGUCUUGUACCGAAACAAGACACCGCCAGUCUCGUUUAUGGCAUCCAACUUGAAAGAGGACUGCCGAGAGUUCUGGGGGAGCAUGCCAGUGUGGCAGACUCCGAGUGCCAAUUCGUCCCGUUUUAUUGCCACCUCUCUGGAGUUUUGUCUUCAUAAAUCUCAAAGUGCCACGUUUUGCCACGUGAUGUUCCACAUGUUCCUCUCUUCUCCUGUUUGCUGAGCUCCUUCUUUCCUCUCCAAAUCCCUCCUAAUAUAUUCUGCGUUCCAAAUCAGCAGAUGUUCUUGAACAAGAGAGCCCGUCUGACCCUCAGUUCCAUAAACACGUCAAUCUGAUAUUCAUCUCGAACCAUAUGCGAAGCCUCCGUCGGGACCAAAGCAACUUGUCCUCAGUGACCAUGAUGAUGAUGACAUGUUGUGUGUAGAGCUAGCGGGACCUCCGUCCGUUGUAAUGGGCACCUUGUAGUACACGACUGAUUUAUGAGCGUUAUCGACAAGCUUCCUCCUCCCCCUUUCUCUCUCCCCUCGAAUUUAUGUGCUUCGACAACAGGUUGUAGAAGGUGUCCUUCGACCUUUUAGAGGGGGACUAAACGGACAAUUAGCAGAGAAGGGCAAAACGGGGUGAAAUUAGAGCCGCCCGCAAUGAAUUUAUACAUGCAACGGAAGGGAAAGAAAAGUUUAUUUGAACUUGUGCCAAAUGGAAAUUGAACGCUUUCAUAUUCACUUUCAUCAACUUCUGUGAAUGCCUCCGAAGAGAAUGCAUGCAACAACGUUACGAAUGUUGGCAAAGGGUAACCCUACCUCCUAUAAACUGGCCGAUUGUGCAACAUGACUGUAACGGCCGACAAACAAAGCGAAUGCUAAUCCUUGCCAAAUGGUGCUAACCGAAUGCACUUUGCACCUUUUCCGUCUUUCCCUUUGCGCGGUAGCUCAUUCAUUCCGACACAACAAUUGCCAGCUGAUUAGUGUUUCCAAAUUGGCUCCGACAACAUUCACUCAUUGGCCCCCACUUGAUGUGCAAAGUGGUUUUGAUAAUUGGUUCGAGAUGUCCGCUCUGUGUGCAAACACGACAACAGUAACUAGUGGGCUGCCAGCCACUCGAGCCGCUCCCAGAGCUCCAAGCUGUUUUCGUUCCCGUUGUGUUUGCCCGCUUGUGUCGACAAGUCGAAACCGAUCGGUUACGGUCUCGAGAGCCGUCUCAUCACGACAAAUCGGGCGUCGAUUAACUAAAGCAGCAAGGGCAGCUGACCGUCGAGACCCCGGGAGCUCAGUUACAUAAGCGAAACGGCAGCUGCUGACCACACUGUCUUUCUUCAUAUUCUCGGGUGUCUUCCUUGAACCUCCGCAGGUGUUUACCGUGUUUGAAAACGACGGAGAGAGGGUGCGUCGGGUUGAUAUAAUGCACCGGAAGUACGUGUAGAAGUAGGUCGGAAGACGUCGGCGGAAGGAUAAGUAGUGAAGAAUUCCAUAUGUAAAUUGGCAACCACAUUGAACGGCCACUAAAACGGUCGAGUCUAUCGACAAAACGGGCUAAUUAACAUGCGCCGCAAAAGGCAGGUGUCUUUGAAGUGUGCCGUUCAAUAGGGUCCCUAGCCCUCUCAUUGGUCCUAAUCUCCAGAGAUUGACCAAAAUGUUGGAAGGGCUGUUCGGAGCAGGAAGGAAGGAAGCCCCGCCACCACAUGCUCAUCACAUUGAACACAAUUAGGAAGCUCUAUUACUUAAACUGUUUCGGAUUGGGAACGCAUAGAUGCGUGCUUAGCUGGGAUGAGACUCUGGGUUACGUAACAGUCAUCUGGCUGCCUGAUGGGGCGGAAGCAUCCGGACACUGAUUACUGUUUGAACGGGCGGCGUCCCCCGACACGAAAACACUUCCGACGCCCGUGCCAAACACUAAAAAAUGUCUGGUUCCUUUCGAAAAACUCAUAACCCCUCACGCUACAUAAAUCUUACCUACCUGCCUGUUCCGUGGCCUACCAGUCGGACGAACGCGAAACUUUUUGCGCGCGCCGACACUUUUCGAAAAAGGUAUUACUGGUGUUGCCCGGACACGGCACAAUGGGCAUUGAGGCGGCUUACUCUUUGUGCGGGAAACAAGGCGCGAUCGGAAUGAAUCGGAAUAAAUGAAUUAUUUGCAGAGUGGAACGAUAUGUAGCCAUCGGGGACACCCUCGACAUCGUGUGUCCGUUCUUCGAGGAGAAUUCUGAUGAACUGACGGAGCAGUCAAUCAUCUACAGAGUGUCGGAAGCCGAAUAUGAGAAUUGUGAAAGGCAUUCCAAUGCCAAGGAAUUGGGAAGAUGCACGCAACCCUAUCAGCAGGAGAAGCUCAAAGUCGCAUUCCGUUUGAUGAGUCCUAACCCAUCUGGAUUGGAUUACAGACCAGGAGUCACUUAUUAUUUCAUCUGUAAGUGGUCGAGUCAUUUGAAACAAGUUUCCAACCUUCCAUUUUCAGCUACAUCCACCGGGUCCCGAAAAGGACUAUACAAUGAGCAAGGCGGUCUCUGCGCCAGCCACAAUCUGAAAAUGGUCAUUCACAUCACGGACAAGAAUGGAGAUAUUGGGAGCGGCAGUCAUCAUCACCGUCAUCACCACAAAAAGACAACUACCACCACUGCAAGCCCGCCACAAAUCGCAGAAGUAACUGACAGCUCAUCUGAGAAGCUCUGGGAGCAGUUUUAUGAGAAAGUGAUGCCGAUGGAAAACACGUGGCCAGAAAUAACGAGAGGAGAGCGAGUGACGCUCUAUCAAGGGGACAAGAAAGACGAGUACGAACAGGUGCCCGCCGAAGUCGUCGACUUUGAGAUUCAUGAAAUUGGAGAUGGUGAGUUGAUGUGUGAAAAAGAAGAAAUUAAUCAUUUAUUUUUCAGUCGAGUCUCUCUAUUCUUCAUCUGAAAGGAUACAAUACCUGAUGUUGCUACCCGUACUUCUCCUACUUCGAUUUGCAUAA